AUAUUUAAUUAAACCUAAUUAACACUUCGUUUCACAUACUUCCGAAGGAUGAGGAUCUUCGCCAUUCUUCCUUUCGCUAUUUCUCUUCUCCUCCUUGUUUCACCAAUUGUUCAAGCCAUCGAUGUAUUUUACUUUGAUGAGCGGGCACAAUACCAAGUACUAGUGAAAGACAUUACUAUAUCUCAUGUUCCUAUUGUCCCUGGCAAGCAAGCAGCUUUCACCUGCAUCUUUCAGAACACAGGCCAUGAGAUUUCGUUUGGGGUGCUGCAUAUUGAUGUUUCAUACUUUCGAGUGCAGGUUUACUCUGAGGAUCAUGACCUCUGCAUUGAGACAGAUUGUCCUAUACAAAACGGAGAUUUCAUUGUUGGUCACUCUCAAGUUCUUCUUCCAGCUUAUACUCCUCCUGUAAGUUCUCGCAUUCACUUUGUUACGAAGAAAUUUGUUGCAAUCAUAUGGAUAGCCUAUUCAGUAAAAUAGACAUAGAUAAAGCUUACCUUGGUUU